ACAAUAAACAGCUGUCUCUUAUCGAAUAAACAAACCAGUGCUGGUAAAUGCGUAGCGGCCGUAAAGAAUUGUGUUUUGCUGGCAACAAGAUGGACGGAUUUAUGAUGGACAUUAUCAAGGGCAUGUGCAUUAUGGAUAAUGAUGGCAACCGGAUACUGGCUAAGUACUAUGACAAAAACAUUCUGUCCACGUUGAAGGAGCAGAAGGCGUUUGAGAAAAAUUUGUUUAACAAGACGCACCGCUCCAACACUGAAAUCAUCAUGCUCGAUGGUCUGACGUGUGUUUACAAGAGCAACGUGGACUUGUUCUUCUACGUGAUGGGCAACGCGUACGAAAAUGAGCUGAUAUUGCUGUCGGUGCUCAACUGUUUGUAUGACUCCAUAAGCCUUAUCCUGAAAAAGAACGUUGAGAAGCGCCUGGUGCUGGAUAACCUGGAGAUUAUUAUGUUGGCAUUUGAUGAGAUUUGCGAUGGCGGCAUAAUUCUGGAUGCGGAUCCAUCGUCUGUGGUGAAACGUGUCGAUUUACGCAACGAGGAUAUUCCAAUUGCCGAACAGACCGUGGCUCAGGUGUUGCAAUCGGCGCGCGAACAGUUGAAAUGGUCCAUACUGAAAUGAGGUCAGGUCGGUCGCAAACGUAACCAGAUUCAGUAAUACUGUCAAUACAUUCGAUUUAUAUCUAUUAAAUUUCGCCUAGAGUGUAAUAUACAUAUACAUAUAACAUAUAUAUUUAACUAGAGACAAUGUCGUUCGUUCUAUAUAAUGUUUGCUGUAUGCCAAUGUACAAUAUUUAAGACAAGCUCUUCAAAAGA